UGAAGAUUACAGAAGCAAACAAAAAAGUGUAGACUCCCAUUGACAGUCGUUUCUUUUUUAUACGCCUGACACGUACUUGACCAAUUGGAGAAUCCCUUUGCCAAAAAUAAGGAAACUAGAAAGGUUGUUAAUCCUAUCCUGAAAGGAGUUUCCCUUGACUCAGUUGUAAGGACCCAGAAAACGAAAAAGGCCAUGGUGUUUCUGCAAUUUCCACCUCCAUCGUUCAGAGCCACCUCACUUCCUACUUUUACAGUGCCCAUCACAGCAUCUUCUCGUGUCUCUCUGCCAGCCUGUAUUACCUUAAACUCAACCAGUUUGAGAAACUGGGCCCUUGAUUUUAGACCCAAAUCCUUAAAUUGGGUCUUCUCUGGUGCUCUUGCUCUUAGUUUAUCUCUAACAGGGGUUGGGUUCGCGGAGGCGAAAGUUGGGGUUAACAAGCCAGAAUUACUUCCUAUAGAGUUCACUCCUGUGAUUGAUGUAGCAGGCUUCCUCUCUGACGGCCAGGAGAAAAGAAUUGCACAGGAGAUAAGUGAUAUUGAAAAGGAUACUGGCUUUAAGUUGAGAGUUCUAGCACAAAAUUACCCUGACACACCAGGGUUGGCAAUCAAAGACUUUUGGCAGGUGGAUGAUAGAACUAUUGUUUUUGUUGCUGAUCCAACCUUUGGAAAUAUAUUAAAUUUCAAUGUUGGGGCUUCUGUUGACUUAGACAUCCCAAGAAGCUUUUGGAGCCGUUUGGCAGGGAAAUAUGGAAAUAUGUUUUAUUGGAAAGAGAGGGGGGAAGAUGCAUCGAUUGAAGCUGCUGUCAUGGCAAUAUCCAAUUGCUUAAGAGAACCUGUGGGGCCAAAUAAUUGCUCCGAGGUAAAAUAACACUUCAUCGGGUACUAAAAGCAAGAUUUCUUCCAAUUAUUGUUUACUUAAAUAUCUUAUGUAAUUCUUUUUCAUCCCCUUUGAUGUAUAGAUCAUGUGCAAUUCUGACAAGAGUUGUAUAGGUAGGAAGGUACAUUAUGUACUAUUAGUAACCAAAUGGUAGAGGCAUAAGAUUUUACUUGUUCUCCAGAUGAUAAUCAAUACCUAUUGUUUCCACAGAAUCAUGUAAUGUUUGUGUUUGUGAAUUGAAGAAGAUAUUUAAUGUGGACAGCUAAACUUGAAACUUCUGUAUGUAGUUUAAGGUUUAUCAAUGUAACAGGUUAGUUGCAGUUAAAGAUUUGCUGCAACUAAGCUAGAAGAAAAGAAGAUGCUUAACAUUGCAGUUGAAUAAGCUAGCUUCAUAUGGUUUCAAGGACCAGCAUAUACCAUCUGAGUAUAAGAAAAAGGCUUUCCAGCACAGCAGGCCGUAAGAGGACAGUGCUUUCAGGCUGAAUAAGAAAG